UGAGUUUGAUUGAAGCGUUUGUCAUGUAAAUGUGAGACGUUUGAUGAACGACCCUAUGUCUUGACAAACUGCUGUAGGUCCAUUUUCAUUGGCGUAAAUUAAGUCACGUGGUCUGACACUAAGGUGAUAUGAGCGUGGAAGGCAGUUUUACAGCUUUGACAUACUACUUUGAGGUUGUAGGGCACUGGGUUUACCAAUUAACGUAGACUGACCCGUCUUCAUCAAUUCUUCCAAAACAAUACAAGAUGAACUCCUACUUAGAUUACCAAAUUUGUAACAGGGGAACUAACAUAUUUAAUGCCAAGUCCGGACUUCACAAUCUAAACCAUGGAUACAUGACGUCUUUAUCCAACAACUCAUGCGCAACAAGUGAUAGCUGGGCCGAUGGGCGGUUGGGAAUUGGUGGUACCUCGGCACCACAUCAGCAUCAGACUUCGAGCCAUCUUCUCCACCAGACUCAGUUGCACCAUAUCAAUCUAGAUAUUCAGUUUGCAACAUCAAGAAACUCUAUGUAUGGUGGGCAAGUCGGAUCUACUUUAGACUACGGACAUCACCAAUACGCUCUCAGUCAGGAACAGGAAAGAUUCAUUCAGUUGCCAGGAAUUCCUGUCUCGGCAACUGGAACAAACAUGGCUUCUUUGGCCGAGGGAAUUUGUGGUCAAGGAUUUGCUCCGGGGAGCCAGUAUCUCAACUACAGCAGUGGGGAGUCGGGACAGCGGGACUAUUUGGAAAAUACCUUCUCUAAGUUGCCUUCCCAAGACAAUGAUAUUGAUUUGGAAACUUGCGCAGAGCAAAUAUCCAAAACUUUCGACUGGAUGAAAGUCAAGAGGAAUCCUCCUAAAACAGCGAGCGCAUCUGAAUAUGGAGUCUCGGGUCAACAGAAUGUAAUUCGCACCAACUUCACCACAAAGCAACUGACGGAGCUCGAGAAGGAGUUCCACUUCAACAAAUACCUAACCAGGGCUCGGCGAGUUGAGGUAGCAGAAACUCUCGAACUCAAUGAGACGCAGGUAAAAAUUUGGUUCCAAAACCGAAGGAUGAAACAGAAGAAGCGAGAGAAAGCAGGAACUGCGUUAAUAAACACCAGAGCAGAAUUAAAUGCACCAGUGGAGGACAAGGUCUUAAAAGCCAUUACACCUGAUUCGUCUCCAAACUCAAAAACCAAUAACUCUGAACCGUCUUGACAAACUGAUGUUUUACACAUUAUCUUGUUUGUAAGGGGGUGAAAUUUGUAUAUAGUCGAUUGUACUGUCUAUUAAUGGAAUUGCCAGGGUCAUUGUUUUGCUUGCACUAUUUAUUUACAGGGUAUUUCACAAAAUAAUUUUUUGUCUUUUUCAGAAGAAAAUGUGUAAGGUUUUGAAAUGUUAUAGGGCCAGUUGGCCAAUUGAAUUCAUUGUAUGUGAGAUACAUGUGAAAAGCACAGUUAAGGAACAGGAAAUGUAUUGGCCUUUACAUGUUCUGUUCAUGUUAAUGUUUAUUUGUAUUGUAUAUUUGUUGAACCCUCCACCCCGAUAUACAUUUUCUUUCCAAUCAAGGUUUGGCAUAAGCUUUUAUGCAUUAUUAUAUUAAA